GCCGGGACCCGACCCAGACGCGGGCAGCACCUGGACUCGUCACUGCCGCGGGUCCCCGACAGCCCCGCAGCGCUCCCGCUCCUCCUCUUCUCGCGACCGCCCCCGACUGCGAUGGACGGAGACGGUGAUCCAGAAAGCGUGGGCCAGCCGGAGGAGGCAAGCCCGGAGGAGCAGCAGGAGGAGGCGUGUGCGGAGGAGUCGAAUGCCGGCGAGGAGCGGCCGGAGGAGGAGGAGGAGGAAGCCGCGUACCUGGACGAGCUGCCGGAGCCGCUGCUGCUGCGCGUGCUGGCGGAGCUGCCGGCUGCGGAGCUCGUGCAGGCCUGCCGCCUGGUGUGCCUCCGCUGGAAGGAGCUGGUGGACGGCGCCCCCCUGUGGCUGCUCAAGUGCCAGCAGGAGGGGCUGGUGCCCGAGGGCGGCGCGGAGGACGAGCGAGACCACUGGCAGCAGUUCUACUUCCUGAGCAAGAGGCGACGCAACCUGCUGCGCAACCCAUGCGGGGAAGAGGACUUGGAGGGCUGGUGCGAUGUGGAGCACGGUGGGGACGGCUGGAGGGUGGAGGAUCUGCCGGGAGACUGCGGGCUGGAAUUCAUUCACGACGAGAGCGUCAAGAAGUUCUUCGCCUCCUCCUUUGAGUGGUGUCGCAAAGCGCAGGUCAUUGACCUCCAGGCUGAGGGCUACUGGGAGGAGCUGCUGGACACCACUCAGCCAGCCAUCGUGGUGAAGGACUGGUACUCGGGCCGCAGCGACGCCGGCUGUUUGUACGAGCUCACGGUGAAGCUGCUGUCCGAGCACGAGGACGUGCUGGCCGAGUUCAACAGCGGGCAGGUGGCGGUGCCGCAAGAUAGCGAAGACGGGGGCUGGAUCGAAAUCUCCCACACCUUCACCGACUACGGGCCCGGCGUUCGCUUCGUCCGCUUCGAGCACGGCGGGCAGGACUCCGUCUACUGGAAGGGCUGGUUUGGGGCUCGUGUGACCAACAGCAGCGUGUGGGUGGAGCCCUGAGGGACCCGUCCAGCUUCCCCCAGCUGCCCUGGAGGGGCAGAGGCCUGGGGUACACAGGCCUUAGUCAUAGCGCCCUCACCUUACCCAUCCCACGCACCCCUCUUCCAGCCCCGACUCCAAACCCAGCCCCCACAUGGGUAGAGAAGAGUUUCGUUGGCAUAUAUUUGCAUCUGGAAAAUAAGAUGGGUGAGGGCUUGGCCCUGGGCUGGGCCCACCGCUGAAUCCCCCACACCUAGCACAGUGCCUGCCACGAAGUGGGCAUUCAAUAAAUAUUAUUUG